UGAAGCUUGAUUUAUCCUUGAAGCGAAUGCUGCGCUGCACGGUCAAGUUGAGUCAUUUCAGCAGCUAUGCCCCCUCUGUGCGGUCCAAAUUUUCCAUAACGUGCAUCUGUGAAAUUUUGCGACUACGCUGACAGUUCUGUGCAGGAAAACAAGGCGGACAAGGAGGAACUCCUCCUGGUGGAGAUUCGCAAAGACAGACAUCUUAAUGAUUCAGCCCAUAAAGACAAUAAUACUACCACACUCAAAACGUGUCGCCUUGUUGCUGCUAACAGCGUUUUUUUCUUGGGAACACCAGACGACCAUCAACAUUAUCACAUAAUCAUGUAUCAAAGUGAAGAGUUGAGGACAACAUUAACCAAAAUAUCACCCAGUUUGAUUAUUACUGUGGCUUUUUUUCUUUUGUUCAACAGAUUUUCAUGGCUUCCAACAGUCUGUUCAGCAGCACUAGUCCCAUGUUGUACUGGGAUACUGUGGGAAAAUGCCGGCAGGUUCCAUCCCCUAAACCUCACCAACCGGAAGAGCCGGAGGUGAGGGUGCCGUUGCAGCAGCAUGGCGCAGCAUCCCAGAGAGGCUUGGUGCACACUGACAGCCCAAACUUCCUCUGCAGCAUCCUGCCACAGCACUGGAGAUGCAACAAGACCCUGCCAAGAGCUUUCACUGUAGUUGCUCUGGGUAAUGACGUGCCAGACGGCGUGGUUGUUACAGUGAUGGCUGGCAAUGAUGACAACUGCAGCGCUGAGCUACGCAAUGCCACAGCGACAAUGAAGCAAGGUUAUGCCCACUUCAACGAUCUAAGGUUCAUUGGUCGCAGUGGCAGAGGUAAAACUUUCACGCUGUCGAUCAACGUGUUGACCUCUCCUCCUCAAAUAGCCACUGUACACAGAGCCAUUAAGAUCACUGUGGAUGGACCUCGACUCCCGAGACGUCAGAGACAGAAGGAGAUGAAAUCAGGAAUAUUCCGGCCUCCCAGGAGUAUCGGCAGUGCUGCUCCAUUAGACCGCAGAUCCUUUUCCUCCUCCUUGUGGAACAACGAAUCAUCAUUUCUUGGUCAGGUGACAUCUCUGACAUCCUCCUUCACUUCAGCUCCCAGACUGCACCACCUGCCCACGGUCCCCUUCUCCGCCCACGCCCCUCCAUACAGCUCCUACCUGUCUUCUGCUGCGCCUGUUCCCCCUCCACUAAGCCACAGCGGCCAGUUCCAGCCCAGCAGUUUCUACUACGGGUCGAACCAACCGCUCCAAAGCACAGGGGAGGACCGCAACGUUGCUGCAGCUAUGGCCAAUUACAUGGAAGGGGCGUGUCUUACCAUGAGAGGGGAGGAGCCUGUCUGGAGGCCUUACUGA